GGGCGGGGGAAGGGCUCCACUCUUGAUUUAAAAGCUAAGGACAUUUUGGUUCGGUUGUGUGACUUCUAAUUACGGCCUCCCCUCCUCCCUCCCCCAGUCUUCUAGCCAGCGCCCGCCCAGGUUAUUAAAGUUUGAAAAAGCACUCACUGCGUUGCGCUAUGGACAGCACAAAGAAAAUUGUUAACACUUCUGAUGAUGAUGGAUUUCUGCUUAGAAUGGGCCUCAAUGAUAAUAAGGCUGGAAUGCAAGGACUGGAUAAAGAGAAAAUCAAUAAAAUCAUAAUGGAGGCCACCAAGGGUUCUAGAUUUUAUGAAAAUGAGCUUAAGAAAGAUCAACAAGUUAACCAACGAAUUGAAAAAAUGAUGCAGCUAAAAGAUAAAAUUACCAGCCAACAGCUUCUGAAAGCACAACUACAGGCUGACAAACUUGCGCUGGAGCUAGAACAGAGCCGUGAUCUCAGCUGUACUAUUGUACACAUUGACAUGGAUGCCUUUUAUGCAGCAGUAGAAAUGAGAGACAACCCAGAGCUGAAGGAAAAACCCAUAGCAGUGGGAUCGAUGAGUAUGCUGUCCACUUCAAAUUAUCAUGCUAGGAGAUUUGGGGUACGUGCAGCCAUGCCUGGAUUUAUUGCUAAGAAACUAUGCCCACAUCUUACUAUAGUGCCAUUAAACUUCAAAAAGUAUGAAGAAGUGAGUAAAGAGGUUAGAGAAAUACUGGCUGAAUAUGAUCCUAGUUUUAUGCCCAUUGGCCUAGAUGAAGCCUACUUGAACAUAACGGAGUACUUAGAGGAAAGACAGAACUGGCCCGAAGAUAAAAGAAGUUACUUCAUCAAAAGAGAAAACAUUGCAAAAAAUGGUAAACAAGAUGUAACUGCACCUGAUGAACUAAAGUUGAAUGAAGAUGCACACUCAUCCUCACCAAUAUUGUUUGAAGAUAAUACUUCUAUAACAGAGGAACAGCCUGUUGCUAAUUCCCACCUGUACACUGAAGAACAGAGAGAUCAAGAACUGUUGCUAAAUUCAGUGGUCUUUGGAACUUCAGCUGAAGAAGUUGUGAAGGAAAUUCGCUUUCGGAUUGAACAAAAAACUGGAUUGACUGCCAGUGCAGGAAUUGCUCCAAAUAUGAUGUUAGCAAAAAUGUGCAGUGAUCAGAAUAAACCUAAUGGACAGUACAGAAUCUCCCCUGAUAGGCAAUCUGUAAUGGACUUCAUCAAAGAUUUGCCCAUUAGAAAGGUGCCUGGUAUAGGAAAAGUAACAGAGAAAAUGUUAAAAGCUCUUGGAAUUCUGACCUGCACUGAACUUUACCAGCAGAGGGCACUGCUUUCUCUUCUUUUUUCAGAAACAUCUUGGCAUAAUUUCUUGGAUGUCUCACUUGGUUUGGGUUCAACGGAUUUGGAAAAGUACGGAGAAAGAAAAAGUAUGAGCACUGAAAGGACAUUCAGUGAAAUUAACACAGCAGAAGAACAAUACAGCUUGUGUCAAGAACUUUGCAGAGAUCUUGCUCAGGAUCUGCAGAAAGAAGGACUUAAGGGUAAAACCGUUACCCUGAAACUGAAGAAUGUGAAUUUUGAAGUAAAAACAAGAGCUUCCACAGUGCUCGCUGCUGUUUCUACUGAAGAAGAAAUAUUUGCUGUUGCUAAAGAUAUGCUAAGGACAGAAAUUGACAGUGUUACCCCUCACCCUUUGCGGCUAAGACUUAUGGGUAUACGAGUAUCAGGGUUUCUAAAUGAAGAAGAAAAGAAAUACCAACAGAGGAGCAUUAUCAAUUUCUUAAAGCCAGGAAAGCAAGCAAAUGCUUCUCUGCUUCAGCCAGGGAAAUCCAGCCAUGAACAUUUUACAAAAGCUUCAGAAACAUCUCACAGAGAGAGUUUUUUUGAUAAAAAGCGAGCUGCAAGGCAACAAAGCAACCGGGAGCUUCUUAUAAACAAACCUGCAAACAAGCAGAACUCACAUGAUAUAAAGUCAUCAGUAAAUCCUGUGGACGAAACAAAUGACGCCAUAGGUUCAGCGAAUUUGAAUGACUGUCAUAGCCUCACUUGCCCUGUUUGCUUUGAGGAGCAAAGAGACAGCGAUUUAGAGGCACUUAACAGACAUAUUGACAAGUGCCUCAAUGGGACAUUGGUAAAAGAUAAUGCAGAAAUAUCAACAAGUGAGAAUUCAUGGGAGAAUGCACAUCAUUUUUCUCCGGACAGUAAAAAGAAAACAUUUGAAAUGUGUCAAAAAAAUAAAAUGAACAAAUCAGUGGAUACAGUACAGUCAAGACAAGUAGCUGACAACUCUACUAGCAGUAGCACAGAAGCAUUCCCUAAAGUAGUAGCUAAUACUAGCAAGGAAAGAGAGCAUAGUCUGCUUAAUGAAACUGCUAGCAACAUAUACUUAGAACAGAAUUUUUCUUCCAAAAUCAUUUCAUUGGAAAAUGCAGAACGCUUUGAAAAGUCUGAAUGUACAAAAGAAACUCAGCCUUCCUACUCCUCUGGAGCCAUCAGAGACAAUGUUCUGGUUUGUCCAAUUUGUAACGUGGAACAAAAAACAACUGACCUUUCAUUGUUCAACAGGCAUGUGGAUGUUUGCUUAAAUAAAGGCAUUAUCCAGGAGUUGACAGAGCAAAUAGUUUGUCCAGUUAAGAGUCAAAUUACGGAAAAUUCAAAGUCAGUUGGAAGCAUGGGCAGAGGACAUCAAUAUAUGAAUCCCACAACAGGAACAAAAAGGCCUGGACUAAUGACACCACAGUCAACAUCAAAGAAAGCCAAACCAAGCAAUUCCAAACAAACGAUUGAAACAUUUUUUAAAUGA